UCUGCAGAGCCCCGCCGGUUCCCCCCGGUAUGGACGGAGCUCCCCCGAACGGCUCGGGGGGGUCCCCGGGGGUCCCGGGGGGCGCGGGGGGGUCACCGGGGGGAUCACCGGGACCCCCCCGCAGCUCCGGGGACCCCCCCGGGGCCGGGGAGACGCUGAUCACCGAGGGCAGCGCCACCAUCGCCUUCCCCGGGGGCAACGAGGUGUUUUAUAACCCGGUGCAGGAAUUCAACCGGGACCUGACCUGCGCCGUGCUGACGGAAUUCGCUCGGCUCCAGCUGCGCCCCAAAGGAAUUCGGGGUACGGAGGGGGUUCUGAUGUACCAGAGCCAGGCCCAGCGGGAACCGUUCGACGUCAUCGACCUCGACCCCUACGGGAGCCCCGCGCCUUUCCUGGACGCCGCCGUGCAGGCGCUGAGCGAGGGGGCGCUGAGGAUCAUCCUGCACGCUCUGGAUCUCCGAGCCAACUGCUACCAGCGCUUCGUGGUUCCGCUGCUCUCCGUCAGCGCCGACUUCUACGUGCGCGUCUUCGUCAGGGUCUUCACGGGCCAGGCCAAGGUCAAAGCCUCGGCCAGGGCCACGAGCCACGGCAGCGGGUUCAAGUACAGCGCGGCCACGGGGCCGCCCGUGGGUCCCUCCUGCGAGUUCUGCCAGCAGCGGCACCAGUUGGGGGGCCCGGUGUGGGCAGAGCCCCUGCACGACGCCGCCUUCGUGGGGAGCGUCCUGGCGGCGCUGGAGAGGAGCCCCGGGCGCUUCGGCACCGAGCCGCGGCUGCGGGGGGUGCUGAGCGUCAUCGGAGAGGAGCUGAGCGAUGUCCCCCUGUACUACACCCUGGACGGGCUGAGCAGCACCAUCCACAGCAACACCCCGUCCCUGCUGCAGCUCCGGUCAGCCCUGCUGCACGCGGGGUUCCGCGUCUCGCUGUCCCACGCCUGCCGCAACGCCGUCAAGACGGACGCGCCGCCGGCCGCGCUCUGGGACAUCAUGCGCUGCUGGGCCAAGCUCCACCCGGUGAAGCUCGAGCGGCUCCCGGACUCCAGCCCCGCCGCCCGGCUCCUCUCGGCGGAGGCCAGGCUCCAGGCUUCCUUCGCCCUCCACGAGGACGCCAACCCCAGCUCCCGCAAGCGCGGCUUGAAGAGGUUCCCCGAGAACCCCGAAGCUUUUUGGGGUCCCAAGGCCAGGGCCAAGGCAGGGGGGGGCGUCGCCCCCUCCCUGCAGGAGAAGCGGGAGCGGCUCCAGAACAAGCGGGGGCAGCGCCCGGACGGGGCCGGGCUCAAACAAUUCCCCUGCAAACGCUUCAAGGAGGGCUGCUGUCCCCAAGGCGAGCGCUGCCGUUACUCCCACGAGCCCCCCCCGGCUGCCCCCAAUUAAAGCUCGGCUGAACAGAAA